CAUGACACAUGGAAUGUAACCAAGUUGGGCCAGCUAGGCAAAAAACCAACCAAUAAGAGAAGAAGUCUUAUCUUGUAGUAGUAUACCCUAUCUCUUUAUCCAACACAAACACCCAAAUGAAAACCAAGCCACCAAAAUAACUGUCAUAUUUCACACUCUGAUCUCUUGUGCUCACUUCUUGCAGACACACAGGAAGAAAAAAUGGCAGCCUCAUUACAAGCAUCAACAACAUUCUUACAACCCACAAAAGUAGCAUCAAGAAACAGCCUUCAAAUAAGGUCUACCCCAAAUGUUUCCAAGGCUUUUGGUGUUGAACCAGCUGCUGGUAGAGUCUGUCUUUCUCUACAAUCUGAUCUUAAGGAGUUUGCUAACAAGUGUGUUGAUGCUACUAAACUAGCUGGUCUCGCUCUCGCUACUUCCGCCCUCAUUGCCUCUGGGGCUAAUGCUGAGGGAGUGCCAAAGAGACUAACCUUCGAUGAGAUUCAAAGCAAGACAUACAUGGAAGUCAAAGGAACCGGAACAGCUAACCAAUGUCCAACCAUUGAUGGAGGAUCCGAUUCCUUUGCAUUCAAGCCAGGCAAAUACAGUGCCAAAAAAUUCUGCCUUGAACCAACCAAGUUCAGAGUCAAAGCUGAAAGCAUAAGCAAAAAUGCCCCACCUGACUUCCAAGACACCAAGCUCAUGACCCGUUUAACCUACACCCUCGAUGAGAUUGAAGGCCCAUUCGAAGUUGCCUCAGACGGCACAGUCAAAUUCGAGGAAAAAGAUGGUAUCGAUUACGCUGCUGUAACUGUCCAACUUCCUGGUGGUGAACGCGUGCCAUUCCUUUUCACCAUCAAACAGCUUGUCGCUACUGGUAAACCCGAUGGGUUUACUGGCGAGUUUUUAGUACCUUCAUACCGUGGAUCCUCCUUUUUGGACCCAAAGGGUAGAGGUGGAUCCACAGGGUACGACAAUGCGGUGGCAUUGCCAGCAGGAGGAAGAGGUGAUGAAGAAGAGUUACAGAAGGAGAAUAUUAAGAAUGCUGCUUCUUCAAAGGGGACUAUUACUUUGAAGGUUACAAAAAGUAAGCCUGAAACAGGGGAACUAAUUGGUGUUUUUGAGAGUCUUCAGCCAUCUGAUACUGAUUUGGGUGCUAAAACUCCCAAGGAUGUUAAGAUUGAAGGAAUCUGGUAUGCACAACUUGAGCAAUAGAUCUUGAUCUUUUGGUUUGCUGUAAUCUUAAAGGGAUUCUGAAUCUCUUGAAGAGAAAACUGAUAAAUGAUUAGUAUUUGCUUUGUAAAGAGUAUGUCUAAAAACUUGCAAAUUUCAGUUUUGCAUAAAAAUGGUUGUUUGCCUGAUCAAUCAUAAAUGUUUGUGCAAUUAGAAUAA